AUGUCUAGUAUUCCAAGCAGUCCUCCUACUAGGCUUAGUGCACGUCGUACACGCCAAAAACUGGGCCAUAUUGCUAGUCUUGAGAUCAUUCCGGAGAAAUUAGGCCGCUCAUUACGUCGUGUUGGCCGAUCGCAGGUUUAUCUUACAGAGGACAAUGGUCUCUUAGUCGAUACAUUAGAGAACCAAUUGCCUAAAAAACCUACAAUUGCACGCAAGUCGCAAAAGCAAUUAGGCAAAUUUGGUACCCUGACUACCAAAGAUGCUAUUCGACACGCUCGCGAGCGCAAUAUAAGGGAUGAAAAGAAGGAUGCCAAUGCAAAGGUCCGCAGUACAAUACCUUUAGGAGCACCCUAUACCACACCUACACCAAAACCCCUAGAUAGCUAUACAGAAAACUAUCCAACGCCACUAUCUGAUGACAAUUGGCCACCAGAUAGGCCCUAUUAG